AGGAGAAAAACAAGGUGAAGAAAGCAGCCAUGGGGAGGUGCUAUCAUGUUUAUAUAUGAAGGACAGCAUGAGUAGUCUGGAUAUGAACCCAAACGCAAGCGCUUCUGUCUGAACUCUGGAAGACUGAAGAAAAAGACCAGGCUGCUGCUUCACUUUCUCCUGCUGCUCACAGAGAGCAUGUUGGUGCCUGUUCUCCAGACAUCUCGGAGAAGAAGGUGGGACAUUUGAGCGGCGCUUUGUCGCUUUCAAUCGCACUAGGAGCGCAAAUAAACUACAGCCAUCAGAAUAUGUGCUUAUAUGCUCCUCUGGCCAUUCUGCCAGUGCGUGUUUACUCCAGACAGGAAAACAAAAAUAUAUUUCUAGGCUGUAGUUUUGCAAAAGCCUGUGGCUUAUUUGCUGCCUUUCUUUGUUAGUUUUUUAUAUAUAAUUUUUUAAACCCUAACAACCGUACUGAAAAGCUGCUGACAGCGCGUAAGAGGCAAUCCUUCCUUAUCAGAUAAGCACACAGGACGAACGACCGUUGUCCUGCGCGCAGAGAGCACAGUGGGCGAGCAUCAGGUGCUCUGAGGAGGAAAACGACUAAACUUGAACAAAAAACAGAACAAAAAAUAAGUCGAUUUAAGCAAGAACAAAAUGACAGAAGGGCCAAGACAGCGGAGCAGCACGGCGGGGUCUGCCAAGGAUGCGGCCGCUCAGAAGGAGUCGGGGGGAGUUGCGCUGAAGAAGGAGAUCGGACUUGUGAGCGCCUGUGGGAUUAUAGUUGGUAACAUUAUUGGUUCCGGUAUCUUCGUCAGUCCAAAGGGAGUGUUGGAGAAUGGCAGCUCAGUGGGCGUCGCCCUCAUCGUCUGGAUCAUCACGGGCAUCAUCACCGCCAUCGGAGCGCUAUGCUAUGCUGAGCUGGGUGUUACCAUUCCGAAAUCAGGGGGGGACUACUCCUACGUGAAGGACAUAUUUGGAGGACUGGCUGGGUUCCUGCGACUGUGGAUCGCCGUGUUGGUCAUCUAUCCGACCAACCAGGCUGUAAUUGCUCUGACGUUCUCCAACUACGUCCUCCAGCCUCUGUUCCCCACCUGUUUUCCACCAGAGAACGGCCUGAGGCUGCUGGCUGCUAUAUGUCUUCUGCUGCUGACCUGGGUGAACUGCUCCAGCGUGAAGUGGGCCACCAGAGUGCAGGACAUCUUUACCGCUGGCAAGCUGCUGGCACUCGCUCUAAUCAUCAUCAUGGGAAUCGUGCAGAUCUGCAAGGGAGAGUACUACUGGCUGGAGCCGGUCAAUGCCUUUGAGCCCUUCCAGGACUAUGAUGUGGGUUUAAUAGCCUUGGCAUUCUUACAAGGCUCCUUUGCCUAUGGAGGCUGGAAUUUCCUCAACUAUGUCACAGAGGAGCUGGUUGAUCCCUAUGUGAAUCUUCCACGUGCCAUCUUCAUCUCCAUCCCCCUUGUGACCUUCGUUUACGUCUUCGCCAACAUCGCUUACGUCACGGCUAUGAGUCCCCAGGAGCUGCUUGCCUCAAACGCUGUUGCUGUGACAUUUGGUGAGAAGCUGCUGGGUGUCAUGGCGUGGAUCAUGCCCAUCUCUGUGGCUCUGUCCACCUUCGGAGGAGUCAACGGUUCCCUCUUCACAUCUUCUCGGUUGUUCUUUGCUGGAGCCAGAGAGGGACACCUCCCGAGUCUUCUGGCCAUGAUUCAUGUGAAACGCUGCACCCCCAUCCCUGCUUUGCUCUUCACUUGCCUGUCCACUCUGCUUAUGCUGUGCACCAGCGACAUGUACACACUCAUCAAUUAUGUGGGCUUCAUCAACUACCUCUUUUAUGGAGUCACUGUCGCCGGGCAGAUUGUCCUGCGAGUUAAACAGCCCAACAUGCAUCGGCCAAUAAAGAUUAGCCUGAUUUGGCCAGUUAUUUACCUCAUCUUCUGGGCUUUCCUGCUCAUCUUCUCCCUGUACUCGGAGCCCCUGGUGUGCGGCAUCGGACUUGCAAUCAUGCUCACUGGAGUUCCUGUCUAUUUCCUGGGGGUCUACUGGGAAAACAAGCCACAGUGCUUUGAUUCAUUUGUUGAUAAAAUGACAUACUUGGGCCAGAUGAUGUGUGUGGUUGUUUAUCCAGCCCAGUCUGGUGGCAGCAGUAGUGGAGGCGGAGAGGAGGGGGAGGAGAUGAAGGAGGCAAGGGCUCCUCUGUCGAAGGAGGACGAAGAUGACCACAAAGCAGAGGACUGCUAAAACUGAUCUAUUUUUUUUUUAUUUAUUCCUAGCAGGGCCAUUAAAAAUAACCUGCAGACUGACACGCCAACGUGGGUUUUCUCUUACAAUGCAAACACAAUCCACAGUUUGUUUACUGAUCAACACUUUAUCUCCAAUCUUUUUAAUCAGCUGUAAUCUGUACCAAAUAUAACACCUCAGCUGUUUCAGUCUGAGGUCCAUCAGAAGUGCAGUGAAGGUGAAGACAGGUUAGCACCAUCCAGUUCCUCAGUUCUCACAUCAACAGACACAUUUAGCCUUUUCUAUUAUUUUUUUCCAUUUCCAGAGAUUAUUGCAUCACAUUCAACCUAACAAAGUCUGUUUAUGAUUGUCAACACACACAUAAAAAUCGAACUCCGAUCAUUUCAUGUUGAUUAAUAUUCCAGUUAUGUUUUAUUUUUUAAAAUGACUCCAUAAUGCCUCAUUUUUUGGUAAUUGUUAUUAUUGCUCAUAAAAUUAUCCUUAUUGCCUAAUAUUUUUAUUGUUUCCUACUAAACUUUAAUUUUCUCGGUAUUCUGUUUCUCUAACAUCCGUUUUACCACGUUUCUAUUCUACUAAUUGCAUAUAUGCAUUGAUUGUAAUGUUGAUGUGAUGUAAAUUGUUGCUGUGCUUUCAAAAAGUGCACAAAUUUUAUUACCUGCCUUAAUCAGAAUAGCAGUAUUGUGUGCUUUAGUGUGAUUGUAGCCGUGUUUUGACAGAUGUGGAAAGAUCGCUGUAGGUUUUUUUUUUGUCAAAACUACAACCUAAAAGUGACACUAAGCAAAUCAUUGAAGUAUUUUAAUACACGUUCCUGCGUGGAGAAGAAAAAAAGUCAUAAUAAUUUCCACUACACUUGUCUUUUUACCUGCAAAUAACAUGUGAACAUUGAAAGUGUACAUCUUUGUUUUAAUCUCCUUUUUAUGCUUUAUUUUGAUGCACAAAUGAGAGCUUUGCACAGAAUUAUUCCUUUCCAACUCACACAGUUAGCUAGAGGACCUUUUUAGUGCAAUAUUUCCUCUGACACCAGCGAAACCCUAAACAUGCACCCCAUGAAGGAGCUCAAAUGGGUUGUCUGUGUAUCUAACAUGCUGCGUUUUAGAGGAAACAACACUGCUGCACACACAGAGACUAAUAAAUCAGUCUUUGUGUCUCAGGGCAUCCCUACAUACACUGCCAUGAAAACUCAGAAUGCCUGAAUUUGAUCCAGUUUAAUUGUGCUCUGAGCCUUUGCUUUUAGAUAUUUAGUUUUAAAGAUUUUUGAUCCUACAGGGAGGUAGAAAGUGCUAAAAAUAGAUGAGAGUUGAGAAGAUAGAAUGAAACGUUUGGCCAGUAUUGUAUAUCGGUAGAUCUUGUUAAGCUAUAAGGAUAACAGGGUGCUGUAGAUCUCUCUUUACAAGUACAAUGAUGUGUAUUUUCAUUGGCCUGUAAGGUUAUUGUGCAUUUACUGAAUAUGAAGAUGUCCCAGACUGCUAUAAUGUCCCUUAACUCAUAAAAACCACUGAUUAAUGUUUGAAAUGGAAGCUCACCUCUUUAUAACCAGGCCACAUUACUGUGGCAUACGUUUUGAAAGUUUAUUAUUUGGCUCUAGGUAAAUUUGCCCCUUCUCCAAUUUGUACCCCUCUUUAAUGUCCAUGUGAUUAACCCUUGAAUAUCAGUUUAUUUAUCUAAAUAAUGUAGAUAGGGAGUCAGAAAUUCUCAAUUCUCGCAUAUAAUUUAAUGUCGUUGCGUGUUAUUUAAUUAUAUCCACAUUGUCUGUGGUUCUGAUCUAAGUUUGGUCUAAAUGACUUUUCCGAAGUCAUAUAAUCACAUUUCUUACAGCUAAUCACUAACUGACAUAUGGUCUAUACCAAACGUUUUGUGUCAGAUGGCUGCUUUUCAUACCUGAAAAAGUUUGGAAUGAAACAACAAAACUUAAAAGCCAUGAAACUGGAAAGGGGAGAAAUGGCUGUUAUGUUUUAAGUCUUCUUGUGCUUUCCAGUUUUGUGAGGAGAUUUGACUCCACACAUCAUAGUGUGCAGAAAUGAGGCCUGAAAACAUUCCUAUCUCAGAAGUCAAUGCUGCAACUUUACUUGACAAGACAAUCGAAAUGGUGCAAGCUGAAACACAUAAAUGCAACCUUAACACCUGAGCUCCGCAGGGUUGCCUUGCCUUGCUCACUGAUAAGCUGCAACUAUCAUUUCAUUUUAAUUUAAACCUGUACGAGCUUUCAGUUUGGUGCAAGAGUUACCCACAUUUACUGACAAGCCGAUCUAUUGCUAGUAGUUAAACACCAUUUUACAUAGCACUGUGACAACGUUAUUGUUCUGUACAAAACGUUCUCUAACUUCUGAUGCCUCUUGAUGUUUGCAGUCUGCCUGUCAUCCUGAGAAAUGUCUCUCAAAUGUUAUGUUUUAAAAUGUAAAUGUACAUAACAGUGGUCAAUGUUUGACAAGAAUAAAAAAGAUACACAAGUGGA